CGUAAAUUUAAAAAUAUUUGAUCAUGAGCGAAGAUAUCUACAAUCCCGUGCUGACGCGUGCCAAUCGCCUGGAACUGUUUACGGUGGACGAAUGCGAGAACAUACUGAAAGCUGUGCUGGAGGAUAAGAAUGAAAAUGGGAGCCUAAAGAAAUUUGAAAUUUUGCCAGCCAUAGAGAAUAUGGGCUUCCUAGGAGAAUAUUAUCAUCUAAUACUCAGCUAUCUAUUGGAAAAUGAGUCAGAGCAGCGCACAAUGCGCCUCUUUGUCAAAUCUGUGGCAUACGAGAAUGCAAAUAUGUCCUACUACGAGGAAAAGUCCAGUAUUAUUAAAAAGGAGGCUAAGCUCUAUGGAUUGCUGCUGAAUGAACUGAAAAAUUUGUCUGCUCAUGUGUGGUGUGCCAAGUGCUAUUUCACCCGGGAUGAUCUGUUCGUAAUGCAAAAUAUUGAGGAUCUGGGCUACAGAUCGCUGCCCUCGAAGACGCGCUUCCUAAGCGAACAGGAGCUGCGACCCAUGAUCAAGGCAUUGGCUACCCUACAUGCCAGCAGCGUGGCCUAUGAGCGACGCCAUCGGCUGACCAUUGGCGUGGUAUUCAGGGAGUGGCUGCUGGAGAAGUCCAUCGAUCCUGAUAUUGUCUGGUGGACGACCGGCUUAAAGGCUGUGCUGGCUGUUGCUGCUGCACAUCCCCAGGUGCGUAAGGAUGCAGCUGCUCAGGAUUAUAUUGCCAAUGAGUUGCCACGUUGCCUGGAUCGAGUCUAUUUCAUGGCAAAUCCUUCGCCCGUGCAUCGUAAUGUUUUCCUGCACCGUGACGCCUGGGGCGGAAAUGUGUUCUAUCACAAGGAACAUCCCCAGGAUGUAGGCUGUGUGCUGGUGGACUUUCAGCUGUGCCGCUAUGCACCGCCAGCUGUGGACCUGCUCAUGGCCAGUUACCUUAAUGUGGAGCCGGCGCAGCGCAAGCAGAUGAUGGAGCGCAUAACUGGCUACUAUUAUGAGCACUUGGUAGCAGAGCUAACAGUCAUGGAUAUCGAUGCGCAGCGGGAGCAGCUCAGUCGAGCUGACUUCGACCAAUCCCUACAGGACUUUGCUCUCUUUGGUGCCACCUACAACUGCAUAGCCGCGACCAUACUGCGACUCCCCGAAAACUAUCUGAAGAAGCUCAAGGAUGAACAGCCCAUGGAAUUUCAUCGUUUCUGUAAUGUGGAUCGUACCCAAGCGGUGCUCAGAUUAAUGGACGAACAUGAGGAUUUCAGAUGUUAUAUAUAUGACUGCAUCGAGGAUUUAUUGGAGCUGACAUACUAUAAACAAGUCAAGUGAAAUGGCCCUGUCUUAUCUUCACUCUUUACACAAUGCUCACCUGGUAACACACAUCUUAUCAGCUCCGAAAGUUUUUGCUUCCAGAUUAUCUUAGCACUGAUAUGAAACAAAAAUUUGUAGGUGUGUUAGAAAAAUAAAAGAAUUAUAUGAUAA